UUAAAGUAUAGGAAUAUGUUCCUAUUUGAUUAUAAUAUUUAUUACUUUACUCAUUUGAAGUGUGUAUAAAUACAUGUUCGAAUUUGGAAGACAACGAACAGCUUAAUUGGAAUAUAUAUUUCUUUUCUUCACUAUACUGUUAUAUCGUCCUUAAUUACUCAUUGCCAUUAAUAGUAUUAUAUUGUUAUUACUAUUUAUGGCUCGUCCUUCUAAUUUGCCAACAAUCUUGUUACCUAUUACUAUGAACAGGAAUAAUAAUAAUGGUGAAGAGGAAUAUGCGAAGGUGAAUUGGGAUGAGCUUGGUUUUAGUUUAACUCCAACAGAUUUCAUGUACGUGAUGAAGUGCUCCUCCAAGGAAGGGGAUGAGUUUGUGGAUGGACAACUUACGCCCUAUGGAAAUAUUCACUUGAGCCCUGCAGCAGGAGUCUUGAACUACGGACAGGGAUUAUUCGAAGGUUUGAAGGCAUACAGAAGAGAAGAUGGUGGUAUUCAGGUAUUUAGGGCAGAGCAGAAUGCGUUGCGCAUGAAGUUGGGCGCAGAAAGACUCUGCAUGCCUUCUCCAUCCAUUCACCAAUUCCUUCACGCACUCAAACUCACUGUCCUCGCCAACAACCGUUGGGUUCCACCUCCAGGGAAAGGAGCACUCUAUCUAAGGCCUAUGCUAAUGGGAAGUGGAGCUGUACUAGGCCUAGCACCAGCACCCGAAUAUACUUUCUUAAUAUAUGCUUCUCCUGUUGGGAAUUAUCACAAGGGUAGAACAGCCAUGAACAUAUAUGUGGAGGACAAGCUUCAUCGAGCCAUUCCUGGAGGAACAGGAGGUGUUAAGUCCAUCACCAACUACUCCCCUGUUUUCCGAGCACAAAAGGAAGCAAAGGCUAAAGGAUUUACAGACGUACUAUUCCUGGAUUCUGUGCAUGGAAAAUAUGUAGAGGAGGUUGCUGCUUGCAAUAUCUUCAUUGUCAAGGAUAAUGUAGUUUCAACCCCAGCAAUCAUAGAUGGAACGAUUCUGCCUGGUGUUACACGUAAGAGCAUCAUUGAGCUUGCCACUAAUUUUGGCUACCAGGUGGAGGAACGUCUAGUACCAGUAGAGGACUUGCUUAAUGCGGAUGAAGCAUUUUGCACAGGAACUGCUGUAACUGUCAACCCUAUCGGUACUCUAACAUAUCAGGGUCAAAGGGUUGAAUACAGAACAGGAAAGGGAGCAUUAUGUCAUAAACUGUAUGAAAGGCUUGCAGGAAUUCAAACUGGUUUUGUUGAAGACAAUAUGGGAUGGACCCUCAAGCUCAACUGAAAUAAUAAAAGAAUAUUGGAGAUAAUGUGCUAGAUAUUUCAAUUUUAGUUUAAGCUUAAAUAAAAAUAAAUAAAUGAAUCAUUGUGCUAUAUAUAUAUAUCGAACUAAUAAUUAGUAAGUUUCGAUAGCUUGUAACAGUGAAAGAAUAAGCAAAGGGUAUUACCUACGCUAAUACCUAACUAAAUUAUUACGUUUAUGAGUCUCUCU